AUGUCCCCCAAGAUCACCUCCACCAUCACCUACAGAAAGCCUGGAACUGCACCUCCCAUUUUCCUUGCUGGCUCAUUCUCCGAUCCACAAUGGGAGCUCCAAGAGAUGGAAUUCACCACUGGUGAGGAUGGAGAGCACACGUUCCGAUCCAAGGUCACAGUCGAGGCGCACCAGGACUACCAGUUCAAGCUCCGCAUAGGACAUGGCGACUGGUGGGUUCUGGCCGAAAACUAUCCCAUCGGCGAGUUGCAUCUGAUCCAUCUAACCGACGAUUCCGGGAACCAGAACAACUUAUUGAACGUCCCCGAGCCUUCCACCGAAGAGCAGCUCGCUCCCGCUGGCCUCAACACCCCGGCGAUCAACGUGAAACAUGACACGCAGCCGGCCCCGACCUCUCAGGCGGCUGACAAUACCAAGGAUGAACCCGAUGAUAUAAAGAUGCCCCUGUUUGCGCACGAAUGCUUGGGCGCCUAUGAUUUCGGAGAGGGCGACUCAGACCACGAGGCUGUCCCGAGUGCUAGCAACAGCCCGGAGCAGCACUCGAAACACAAGCUCAAGAAGGAUGACAUUGCUGACAUCGACAUCAACGAUCCCACGCUCGAGAAGUUUCCUUCAGACCGUGGCUCGAUCUUAGAUGCCCUCCGGACGAUCCAAACCCACCUCGGUGAGGAUCAUACCCACCUUGACGACAUCCCGUCCUCGCCUCGUGUGGUUUCUUCAAGAAGAACCAGCCUCGACUCGGCCGAUGAAUUGAGCCUGUCCCCUGCCCCACUGAGUCCCACAACUACUCGGAGGCGAGAAAGUAGAUUGUCCCACAGCAGCUUCGGAAGGACUCGAUCGGCAGUCUCCCUGGGUUCAAUUGCCGAAGAACCCAAGCCUCAGGGUGACAAAAAGCCCCAGAGCCCCCCUGUCGUCUCGUUACCCGGUCUCAAAAAUCCCAAGGGGACAGAUGCUGGCUUCAAGUCACCUCCAAGCGAGGAAGAUGAAGCUGUGGUGUUGAAAACCUCAGAGGUAAAGCCCAAAGAGAAGAAUGAAAGCUUGCCAGUGUCUCAAGUUGAAAGUUAUGAGGCCCAGAAUGGUCACUCCGGCACGGGUUUGAGCAUUGCCGCUGCGGGUGAGACGUCACCAGCUGCAAGUGCCCAGGAUGCUGAAGGCCAAGCGGACAAAUCUGUGGAAGACCAAACCCCCACAAGCUCAAAGACAACACUUGAUCUCCCGUCUCAAGACGAGCCCAUCGCCCCGGCUUCGGAAAGGAGAAAAGCUCCCAACGGGGCAUCGCCGGCUGAAGAGCCGUCUCGAAGCUCCCGCGGGAGUGUACUACCCAUGCCAGCCAUGCGGUUCAACCGUGAUUGUCGAGCUCGCUUGGAGGAUCCAAUUGGGGUACGUACCUCGCCACUCAUCGGCGAAAAAACUCCGAUGACCGACCUUCGCGUGGCAUCGAACUCAAUUUGUUCGCUUUGCCUAUUCACGGCACGCCCGGCUACCGCGAUUCGAGCGCCAUUGCAACCAUGCUUAGCCCAGCGCUUUCUGUCACAACGCGCAAAGCCUCGCCCCUCUCGCAUGGUUCUCUCUGACCGGGUUUACGAAGCACCUCGAGAUGACCGACGAAGACGUCGAGACGCCCCGGGCCCCUUUGGUGGCAUGAACCGGACUUAUGCCAACGUCGAUCCCGCUAGGAGGGCCGGAUGGCAGCGUGCUUUGGAUGCGAAAGGAGGCAAGGGAAGAGAUAGGCAAAGAGAUGGUGGACGAGGCUCGAGGGACAGGGACGGAGACGAUCGAAAGGCGCUCAAGAUGCAGCGCGCCCUAGCCACCGUUUCAUAUGGAAGGCGUACGAUUUUGAAGGAAACAAUGACCGAGUACGAGUCAUUCGAUAACUUCGACCUUAUCCCCGUCCUCCAGGCGGCUGUCAACGACGAGCUCUUCAAGGGCAUGACCGACAUCAAGCCGACUCCCGUCCAAAGACUCGCAAUCCCUGCCCUUCUGGGACAGAAGGGGCCACUGGAUCCGAAGAGACCCUCGACCGAGAUGAGGUCCUUUCUGCUCGCCGCUGAGACGGGCUCCGGAAAGACUCUUGCCUACCUUCUUCCAGCCAUUGACGCUUUGAAGAUGGCUGAAGCUGAGGACCCCGAGAUCAAGGCCUAUAGGGAGCGAUGGGAGGCUGAGAAGGAGCGGCAAUUGGCGAGCAAGUCAAAAUACAAGGCCUUUGACGAGCCUCACCCCACCAUGGCUCGUCCUAAGGUUGUUGUGCUUGUCCCUACGGCGGAGCUCGCACACCAGGUUACAAAGGUGUCCAAGUCGAUAUCUCAUGUGGCUAAGUUUAAGACGGAGCUCUUGUCCUCUGAUCUGAAGCCGCAGCAGAUCCAGCGCAACCUCUACGGACCUAGGGGCGUUGAUAUCAUCGUCUCAACUCCUCAUCUUCUGGCAUCCAUUGCCGAUUCGGAUCCCAACAUUCUGUCACGGGUAACUCAUCUGAUUGUCGAUGAGGCAGACUCGCUCUUUGACCGAAGUUUCGCUCCUGUCACGACAAGCAUCAUUGAGCGGGCAUCACCGUCCCUGAAGCAGUUUGUUUGCUGCUCAGCCACCAUCCCUCGAAAGCUCAACAACUUCCUCGCUACCAACUACCCCAAGAUGACUCGAAUCACCACUCCCAAUCUUCACGCCAUCCCCCGACGUGUUCAACUUGGCGUCAUUGAUGUUUCAAAGGACCCCUACCGCAACAAGAAGGAUCUCGCUUGUGCGGAUGCCAUCUACUCGAUUGGUCGCGAAUCUGCAGGCCACGAGGGUCCCGUCAAGGGCGAGGUUGACGUCCGCCGCAUCAUGGUGUUUGUCAACGAGCGUGAGAAGACGGAAGAGCUGGCUGCCUAUCUCAAGGAGAAGGGUAUCAAUGCUGAAGCCCUCCACAGGGAUACCCCUGAGAAACGCCACGGCGAAGUCCUUGAGACCUUCACGUCCCCCGAGCCCAUGAGGAUCCCCACUCCCCCCAGCCCAUCUCGCCAACGAUCCCUUGCCAACGUAAGGGUUCUUGUCGUUACAGAUCUGGCUUCGAGAGGUAUCGACACAUUGGCCGUUCGACACGUUAUUCUUUACGAUGUCCCGCACACAACGAUUGACUUUAUCCACCGACUUGGUCGUGCCGGACGAAUGGGACGACGAGGCCGUGGCAUCGUACUCGUUGGCAACGAUGAUAGAAAGGAUGUGGUUGCAGAGGUCAAGCACAGCAUAUUGAAGCUCCGGGACUUGGUCCAAGCGCCCGGUGUUUUUGUGGACCCACUCACGGAAGCUACUGCACGAUCUCCCACACCCGAGGCUGAAGCCCCGAGCGACAACGAACUUCCCCGCCAGGACAAGUCUCCCGAGAGAGGGCGAAGACGAACGACGCGAGCUUCUGGUGCCCGCCUUGGCGCGACUGACGAGCAGGCGGUUCUGGCUACGAGCCGACGUCGCGAUGCGGCGCUCGACAGGCUGGCCAAUGAGGACCCAACCUCUGCAAGCGGUAACAACGCUGCGGAUGAAGACUCGGGCAGCUCAGUCGAGGGUGGACGACGAAUUACGGCCACCCCCACGAACCGGAGGGACACGACGGGAUUGGAUCUGGCGGACAGCGUGUUUGGCGAUCUCGAUGAUAGCUUCGAUGACGACGGCGAUGGCGAGCGAGGAGGAAUGCGCUCAACCGACACAUCAUCACUGAACCUGAGCAACUUCAAGCGCAGACCGCGCCAAUCCAGUAUCAUCGGCCGAAACGACCCGCCUAUCAGACCAAGCAGUCGCGGUGGCAACACCCCCAGCAUCAGCUCGACACUCCACUUUGGAGCCUUCAGACGACGCGCGCGAGAGCCAAGUAUCCUGGGGACAGCGCGGAAGCCCCGACCAGAAGAGGCUGGAACGGGUCAGGAGCCUGAUUCGGAGAGCGACGAGGAGGAGGAGUUUCUGCCCGAGGCCGAGUCGACGCCGCUCAACAACAGACGGAGGACGCAACCUGAAUCUGAGCUCGAGGCUGAGCGUGAAGCUACUCCAGAGCCAUCGACAGGGCCAAGGCGUAGAAAGCGCAAGAGCGAGGAUGCGGUACCGAGCAGCGAUAGGCCGGAGAAGAUGUCGCGCGUCGAUGUGGAGGAAGAGGAAGAGGACCACGAAGAGGAACAACAGGGGGAAGAAGCAAGAGCUGCAAGCGAGAUCGACCUUGUUGAUGACAGUGCAAGCGACUCUUCACUUUCUUCCCUCUCGUCACCACAUGGCCCUUCACCCGUUCUCCCCGAUCGACCUGUCACCCCAAUCAACGACGAAGAGAUCAUGGCACCACCUGCCAGCAGCGACUCAGAAGAAGGAAACGACGUUUGGCCAGAUAUCCAUACCUUGGCAAAGCGACGACGGAGACCAUCCGUUGCCACACCACCUCGAGCCGACAACUUCUCGGACGUCUCUUCUCCACCGUCUCUGACACACUCACCCAACUACGCCGAGACACGGGCAACCAAGACCAGAGGCAGAGCCGCCGCUCGGAGACAACCUUCUCCUAAGCUCACAACCGCCGAUCUCACCAACCUACUCCCGAAGCGACGGUACAAGAAGCAGCGGGACCCCAUGGGGCUGGAGAGCGAUGAAGAGUACGACACAUCAGAGAUGCCGCAGGGCGAGGAUGAGCUCUCGUAUGUGGAUAGCCGGACGACUCGGAGAAGACAAGCCAGUCGACCAGGCUCACGGGGCGGACGCUCAGCGCAGGCUCCAAAGGGCAGGCAGGCAGCCUCUAACAAGUCCAAGGGGCGAAAUCAGCAGACCUACUCCCGGCGCUCGUCAGAUAAGGAGAACGAGGGCGAGGAGCAAGGCAGUGACAACGAUGAGCACGACCGAAGCCAGUUCCAACCGCUCCCUGAUGACACAUUCGAUGGUGAUGGAAGCGGCGAGAGCUCAAACAUGCCAUCUGCAGAUGAGCUCAGACAGGCAGUCAAGAAGUUCAGGGAAGUAGACAGGUGGGAGCUUGACUAUGAGGAGGUUACGCAGAGCUCGUCACCUCCGGGUGCACGAUGA